GAUAAUCAUCGCUUUUGCUCGCGUUCUUCAGCUCCUUCUCCGAAGAUUUCGAUCCGGAGAUCCAGAGCUCGAGAUCGAGAGGGAUGGGGGCGUGCGUGACGAGGCCUGAGGGCUGUGUGGGAGUGCGGAAGAAGCGUGCGGAUGGGCUCCGGACGAGGCGGAAGCGGAGGGGAAUCAAAAGACGGAAGUCUAUGGAGACGAUCAACGAGAUCCCUGAUUUUGAGGGUUGCGACCCGCCGGCAGACUCCAAUCCCGCUUUUCAAGCUGUAUCGGGAAGCAUUGAUGAGUGUUGGUUUGACACGACCGGAAUAAUGGAGUCGGACUUUGAUGAUGAUUUCCAUAGUGUUCAGGACGAUGUGCUGUCUUUAAGUGGCCAUGAAGUUUCAUCUGUAUCCAGUCUUUCAUCUUUCAAAGAAGCUACCCAUGAAGGAGUUCGUGUUAAUACUCCCACUGCCUCUUCAACUGUCCAGGAACAUAAAGGUUCAAAACUAGAGGGGCAAUCUGCGGGAACCACAGUUACUUGCCCUGCUACUCAAUCUCAUACUGGUUUGACUGGUGCAAAUGCUUCUGUGUGCUACGGUAAUGACAGCAGGAAAAUUGUAAAUGAAGAUAGUGGUGAAGGAAGCGGAAUAUUGGAUAAUUGUGGUUUGUUGCCAAAUAAUUGCCUACCCUGUCUCACUCCUAUUGUUCCUACAGUUGAGAAACGGAAGUCUCUAAGUUGUAGUCCACCAAACUCAAGGAGAAAAGCAACCCUGAAGCUCUCAUUCAAGUCAAAGCCUGGUGAAGGACCUGGCACUCCUACACCAUUUUCUACAAAGGAGUUUGUUGAAAGGCCACUAGCUGGAUCACAAGUCCUGUUCUGCCCUGCAGAGAAAAAAAUGAUGAAUUGCUGGUCAAAAAUUGAGCCAAGCACAUUCCGAGUUAGGGGAGGAAAUUUUUUGAGGGAUAAAAGGAAAGACUUUGCUCCAAAUUAUGCGGCGUAUUAUCCUUUUGGUGUUGAUGUCUACCUAUGCCCAAGGAAGAUCCAUCACAUCGGUCAAUUAGUUGAUCUCCCUAGUGUAGACUCAUCCUCCAAGUUUCCAUCUAUCCUUAUAGUUAAUGUUCAGAUUCCACUUUAUCCUGCAGCAAUUUUUCAGAGUGAAACUGAUGGACAAGGGAUGAGCUUUGUGCUCUAUUUUAGGCUCUCAGACAAUUACUCUAAAGAACUUUCAUCCAGUUUCCAGGAAAAUCUUGCUAGAUUAAUUGAUGACGAGGUCGAAAGAGUUAAAGGCUUUCCAACAGAUUCCAUAGCCCCUUUCCGAGAAAGAUUGAAAAUAUUGGGUCGUGUUGUUAAUGUUGAUGAACUUCCUCUAAGUGCCGCAGAAAGGAAGCUUAUGAAUGCAUACAAUGAAAAACCUAUUCUUUCUCGUCCUCAACAUGAAUUUUACUUGGGAGAAAAUUACUUUGAAAUUGAUUUGGAUAUGCACAGAUUCAGUUAUAUCUCGAGGAAAGGGUUUGAUACAUUUAUCGGCAGGUUGAAGCUUUGUGUUCUUGAUGUUGGUUUGACAAUUCAGGGCAACAAAGCUGACGAACUUCCAGAACAAAUCUUAUGUUGUUUACGCUUGAAUGGAAUUGACUUCAAUGAAUAUCAACAAUUUGCAGACCAUUCGAGUCAAGAGCUGACAUCCUUUUGACAAUGUUAAUAAUGGUUUAGUUAAAAUUCAGUAUAUAAGGAAAAAAAAA